UCGCAUAGGAUAGGCCACGCCAAUAUUCCACGCCCAAACACACGCGCAGACCGGCGAGCGAUAGCUGAUAGCCCCGGCCGUCGACGACCCAAGCGCGCCACCCCGUCGAUCAAUCUGCCAGAGUACGUGUCCGGCCGCCCCUCGCCGCAUCCAGCUGCACCGGAAGGGGGCUUAUUUUUGCUAACUGCACGACAUGAGGAGGUUCUUGCCGGCGGGGGCAGGCGAGCCCUCCUCCUCCUCCUCGUCGGGUCCGCACGGGAAGCACGAGGGCAGCGAGGCCGCCGCUGCUGGAGGCGGUCUGCGCUACGGAGGGGGAGACAUCUCGCUGGGGCGCGGCAACGACCUCCUCCACGGCCAGUUUCGCGGCGGCGGCGGCGGCGGAGGGGAGAUGAAGGACGACGGAGCGGACAUGCUGGCCCGGCACAGCAGCUCGCCGGCGGGGUUCUUCUCCAACCUCAUGGUGGAUGACGCAGGAUAUCAUGGCUCGAGAGGCGCCGGAGUAGCUGGUGGCAGCGGCGGCGGCGGCGGCGGCGAAGCACACCGUAACGCCAGCAGCAGCACGAAGAUGAAGUCCCAGCUGAGCUUCACGGCCGGCGGGCCACAGAUCGCUGCCCACCUCUCGCGUAUCUCCGAGGGCGCCUCUUUAUUCCCGGGCGCCGACGUCGUCCGCACCGCUGCGCACCCGGGCGGCGAGCACCCCGUGUCGCGUUCCUUCUCGGCCAGCGGCAGUAGCGGGGGCUUCUCCAUCGUGGGGCCGUGGGAUGAGUCGAGGGAGAUCAUCGGCACCCUCGACCUCGGCGGUUACGAGUCUCAGUUCAGUGGCAUGGCGAGCUCGUCGUCGCUGGAGCUGGCGGGGAUGGACAAGUACAUGCAGGCGCAGCAGCAGGAGGACCAGGUGGCGUUCAAGGUGCGGGCCAAGCGCGGCUGCGCGACGCACCCAAGGAGCAUUGCCGAGAGGGAGCGGAGGACGAGGAUCAGCGACAAGCUCAGGAAGCUGCAGGACCUAGUGCCCAACAUGGACAAGCAAACGAGCACCUCGGACAUGUUGGACCUCGCGGUGGAGCACAUCAAGGGCCUCCAGAGCCAGCUGCAGGCCAUGAAGCACGAGCAGGACAAAUGCACCUGCUGCAACAAGCCUUGAGCAAUUAAGCAGGGGACUAAGAACUGAUCAGCACAACGCAAAGGAUGACACCACCUUUACUCGAGAGAAAUGUACUUGCAUGCAUGGGUAAUACUACUAUUGAUCGAAUAUGAUGCAUGAAUUAGUGCAUGCCAAUGCUAAAUGAGUACAUAGAGCUCGACGGUUCAUACUUUCUCAAGCGGCAAGGUACUGGCAGCCGUUAGCGGAGCUAUAGCCGGCUAUUUGAAACUAUGUGGAUCCUUCAACUGGUUCCCAGUCUUUGGCCAUAAUUAUCUUGAAGCAGGUGGCUGGUAGAUUAGGUACCUCUCCUGUUUCCACGAGAACGUGAAUUUUGGUACUAA